GUUGUUGUGAGGCUUAGAGAGAAUGCAUGUAGAGCCGUGGCACACAGAAGGCACUCUGUGAAUGGCGGCCACUUCAUCUUGGCUAUUUGGGGCCCCACAGUGAAUGCCACACGGAAGCGAAGCUACUACUCAGGGGGCAGCCUGAUCCCUCUUCUCCAGCUCCCCAGGGGCGAUGGUCUGAGUGUGAUGUGGCUGGUUCCUGAGUUCCAGGGCAAGGGAAUCACAGCAACAAUGCAACUCCCAGACGAAGGCAUGAUCCUGCUGAACGUUGGCGUCGUGAAGCUUGCAGCUGGGGACGCUACGCCUGUAGUACGUGCCCCAGGUGGCACUGUCCUGCUGUUGGAGUCAUGCCUGCUGCAGCUUGCCACAUAUCCUGGACGCUGGGGCAUCCAUUUGCACAUAGCAGAGCCGACAGCACUUCGGCCAACUCUGGCUGUGCUGGCCCACAUCUCCACCUUUGGCCACCUUCCUUGGCCUGUAUGGGUCGGUGCAACAGUCUCUCAUGGGAGUUUUGCGGUCCCUGGACACGUGGCUGGCAAGGAGUUGCUUAAAGCUGUGGCCGAGGUUUUCCCCCAUGUGACAGUGGCACCAGGCUGGCCAGAGGAGGUGCUGGGCAGUGGCUAUGAGGAACAGCUGCUCACAGACAUGCUGGAGCUGUGCCAGGGCCUCUGGCAACCUGUGUCCUUCCAGCUGCAGGCUGGGCCGCUGGGCCGGAGCAUGGCUGGAGUUGUGGCCAGGCUACUGGCGGCCUCACCCCGGGCCACCGUCACAGUGGAGCACAGCUCCACGGGAGGCAGCUAUGCCUCUGUGCGGACAGCACUGCUCGCAGCCAGGGCCGUGGACAAAACCCGGGUCUACUACAGGCUACCCCAGAGUUACCGCGAAGACUUGCUGGCAGAUGUUGGCAGAAACUGACCACCCAGUGGAUGAAAGGACCCCUGGGGUCAAGACUUCCCAUUAGGGAGGCAGGAGGAAAUAAAUGGCUCUCCUUUCUCAAAGCACUGCACAUGUGUCCUUGGCAGGAUGGAGUGGGAGUGAGGUGGCCACUGAGCGCGCCUAGAGGGUCUGGAGGCUGGGGGCCAGAUCAUUCCGGUUGUCCAGAAGGAACUGCUCACAGGACUUGAAUGUGUUGUAGAACUCGGAGGAGAGGCCAGCCACGUUGGUGGUCACAUAGUUGAGAAAGCCCGGAGUGGCCUGGUUGUAGUAGGACACCUGCCGGACA